CCCCCUCUUCCCGACAUGUCUUUUGCUUCAGCUCCAACUGUUCCGACCAACACGUCUCACUAUGCUGAUUUGCCAGCAGCCAGUUCGGCGCUCUUCCAGGCCAAGGCUCGUAGAGGUCUGACGUUUGAUCAGAUUGCGAAGGCGAUUGGGAAGGAUGAGGUGUGGUUGGCUGCGGCUUUCUAUGGUCAGGCAAGGUUCACCGAGGAUGAGCUGAUUACCGUCGGCGAGGUCCUUGGCAUCGGAUCGAGCGAGUUGGUCAGUCAACUGGGCAGUCAUUGGUGGCCUAACCGUGGACUGGGACCUAUGCCGCCUACUGACCCAGUCAUCUACCGACUUUAUGAGAGCGUUCUCGUUUAUGGACAUGCUAUCAAGGCGGUUAUCCAUGAGAAGUUUGGUGAUGGUAUCAUGUCGAUGAUCGACUGCAAGAUCAACGUUGAGCGGAAGGAAGACCCCAAGGGUGAUCGCGUUCUUCUUACCUUUGAUGGCAAAUUCCUUCCAUAUGCGAGGUGGUAAACAGCUAAAUGGACAAAAGGUAGUAAAAACGAUACCUUGAAUAUACUUUUCUUUUGUUCGUGCC